GCACUCAAUCCAUGUUUACUCCAAAAUGACGGAACAGAGCGCUUCUCCGGAGGAUCCGUGGCAUAAACAGACUGACAGCACUUUUAGCGACGGCUUUGACCACAGUUUCUUUGCAGAAAGUGCCCGUAAGGGUUCGGUGGUCUCCAGAGCCAACAGUAUCGGCUCCACUAGCGCGUCCUCGGUGCCCAAUACAGAUGAUGAAGACAGCGACUACAAACACGAGACCAAGGACUCGUAUAAAGACCGCCGGAGACAAGCGCACACACAGGCUGAGCAGAAACGCAGAGACGCCAUUAAGAAAGGCUACGACGACCUGCAGUCCAUCGUACCCACCUGCCAGCAGCAGUCUGAGUUCGCCAUGGCUGCGCAGAAAAUCAGCAAAGCCACGGUGCUGCAGAAAACCAUAGACUACAUUCAGUUUCUUCACAAAGAGAAGAAGAAGCAAGAAGAGGAAGUGUCCAUGUUAAGGAAGGAAGUGAUGGCGCUGAAGAUUAUGAAAACGAACUACGAGCAGAUCGUCAAGGCUCACCAGAACAACCCUCAGCAGGGCAGCGAGCAGGUGUCCGAUCAGGUGAAGUUCAGCGUGUUUCAGAACAUCAUGGAUUCUCUGUUCCAGUCGUUCAUCACCUCGGUGUCUGUCAGCAGCUUCCAGGAGCUCUCGGCCUGCGUCUUCAGCUGGAUCGAGGAACACUGCAAACCGCAGACGCUGAGGGAGUUCGUGGUGGGUGUCCUGAGGCAGCUGAAUGGCCAGCUGUAUUAAUGUGCUGGAGAUCUUUCUUACACUCAGGAUGUGGAGUUCAGAGACUUCAGGUUGCUGUACUUUUACCAACACUACCAAAGGCACAGAUUAUUAUUGUUGUUAUUGUUGUUGGUGGUUGUUAUUACAGGGCCUCAAGUGCCUGUCACACAAUGCGACAUUUGAUACAUGCUGAGCCGCCUUGGUUUCCUCCAGUGUAAGUAGUUAAAGUGUUAGCCUAAGUGUAAUUGGGGCUGAAAUCCGGAGAAUUUAAGCCUCUGUAUAAGGCAGAUACACUGUGCUGAGCGUAAACGAGUCCACCCCCUUUGAAAA